AUGUCGUAUUGUUCAAACAAUACUGUGAGUAUUCAUUCACCAAUUGAAAUUACUUUCGAAAAACUUUCUCUUCAAUAUCCAACAACACUUUCAUGUCCAUGUACACAAAGUUCGAUUCGUCAUGAUCAAUUUCUUUUAUUAGAUUUAUACUAUCGUCCAAUAUGUACAAGUCAAUUUGUUAAUCAAACAUUUAUUUCAUCUUUAUAUGAUGACAAAAUGAGUGACUGUUAUUCAUUAGAUUAUCGUAUUAUGGCAGUAUCUCAUUUUCAAUUAAUUGCUUUACUUUGUCGAACAAUAAAAGAAAUGAUAUCAGAUGCUUUGGAAGAGUUUACUACCAGAAAAAUCGUCACUAAUCAAGUUUUGUCACAUAGUAUUUUUAAUGCUCAAAUUGCAGCACUUGUCGAACAAUUAAAAUCAACAAUUAUUGCAAAUAUCAAGCAUAUAAAUGACUUUCUUUUAUUUAAUAUUGUUGAAAAUCGAAUCUAUUUAGGAUUGCGAACAAACUACUUUAUUCAAGCUGUACCUAGAGCUCCAACUAAUAAAUUUAUUCCAGCUAAAUACAAAACUUUGAAUAGCAUGUGUUCUUGCUUAACAAACAAUAAUUGUGUGCAUCAAGCUGGCAUUUACAAUUCGACAGGAUGUACAGGCGUAUAA